UAUCUAACAAUAGCCAGGGAUUGGCAGAGCCUGGGCAGAGCGAUAGAAGAAGGGUUUGGCAAAUUGGGCAGAAAGAAAAAACUGAAGCGACUUGAGCGAAUGCAUGUGUGUGAGUGCUGGCAAAGAGAUCGGAUCGCCAUCAGGAAUUUUUCAAAAGACACGACGAGAGUGCUCCAACUUUCUAUCUCAAAUGAGUCCUUUUGGACAUUUUUUCUUGGAGCAGCCGGCGUGUAAUUGGUGAAGAUGUCUGAUAAUGGGGACAUUGAGGACAAGCCCCCAGCCCCGCCCAUGAGGAACACCAGCACUCUGAUUGGCUCUUGCAGCAAAGAUCCCGCCCCCCAUGGCUCCAAGCCCCUCCCCCCCAACCCAGAGGACAGGAAGAAGAAAGAUCGCUCCAUCAGGUCCAUCCUGACAGGAGGAGGAGACAAGACCAACAAGAAGAAGGAGCGUCCAGAGAUCUCUCUGCCUUCUGAUUUUGAACACACCAUCCAUGUGGGCUUCGAUGCGGUCACUGGAGAGUUCACAGGCAUGCCGGAGCAAUGGGCUCGGUUACUCCAGACCUCUAACAUCACUAAGCUGGAACAGAAGAAGAAUCCUCAGGCUGUCCUUGAUGUUCUCAAAUUCUAUGACUCCAAGGAGACCAACAACAGCCAGAAAUACAUGAGCUUUACAGACAAGAGUUCAGACAACUACAGCUGUUCUAACACUGCCAGCUCCAAGGCUGUGUCAGAGACGCCUGCCAUAGCAACCGUAUCUGAGGACGAGGAAGAUGAGGCCACGCCCCCUCCUGUUGUCGCUCCCCGACCAGAACACACCAAAUCAAUAUACACUCGUUCUGUGAUAGAUCCCCUCCCAGCUCCUCCCACCAGAGACGUUGCCACUUCGCCUAUCUCCCCCCCACCUCCGGAGGGCGCCACCUCCGCCAUCACACCCCCCACUAGCCCCACCCCUAGUCCUGCUCCUGGCCCCUCCCUGCCACGCCCCGCAGACAAAACACGCAAGAAGAAGAUGUCUGAUGAAGAGAUACUGGAGAAACUGCAUGUACUCAGGUCUCCCUCUACUGGGAGUAUAGUCAGUGUGGGAGACCCCAAGAAGAAAUACACGCGCUUUGAGAAGAUCGGACAGGGUGCAUCAGGUACGGUAUAUACAGCCAUAGACAUCGCUACAGGCCAGGAGGUGGCCAUUAAACAGAUGAACCUGCAGCAGCAGCCGAAGAAGGAGCUCAUCAUCAACGAGAUCCUGGUCAUGAGGGAAAACAAGAACCCCAACAUUGUUAACUACCUGGACAGUUACCUGGUGGGGGAGGAACUAUGGGUAGUGAUGGAGUAUCUGGCUGGAGGUUCUCUGACUGACGUUGUCACGGAAACAUGUAUGGACGAGGCUCAGAUCGCUGCUGUGUGUCGGGAGUGUCUGCAGGCCUUGGAGUUCCUCCAUUCUAACCAGGUGAUCCAUCGCGACAUCAAGAGUGACAACAUCCUUCUGGGAAUAGACGGAUCAGUGAAACUCACUGACUUUGGGUUCUGUGCCCAGAUCACUCCAGAGCAGAGUAAGAGGAGCACCAUGGUGGGGACUCCCUAUUGGAUGGCUCCAGAGGUGGUGACCAGGAAGGCUUACGGUCCUAAAGUUGACAUCUGGUCUCUAGGCAUCAUGGCUAUAGAGAUGGUGGAGGGAGAACCCCCUUACCUCAAUGAGAACCCACUCAGGGCGUUGUAUCUGAUUGCGACCAACGGGACUCCAGAGCUUCAGAACCCAGAGAAACUGUCCUCAGUCUUCAGAGACUUCCUCACCUGUUGCCUGGAGAUGGAUGUGGAGAAGAGAGGGAGCGCUAAUGACCUACUACAGCACCAGUUCCUGAAGGUGGCCAAGCCUUUAUCCAGUCUGACUCCUCUCAUCCUGGCAGCCAAAGAAGCAGCCAAGGCUAACCGCUAACCUGCUAGAUGCUAGCACAAUGGAUUCCCCCCCCCCCUCUCGCCUAUGGACCCAGACAGGGGGUGUUUCAGGGUGUCCCAUCCCCCUCAAACCCUUGACCUAUCAUGGUGACUGUGGGAAGGACGCUCUUACUGAUGUCAUUGCUGGUACAAAUACACUGAUUGGAUUGGAGAAAAGUUCCAGGCCCAAAGACUCAUGGGAAUUGUAGUUUCAGCAGGAAAGUGUCUGAACUCUCAACAGACAGUGGCUCUGGACUGGAUCUGAUCUGACCUUUGAACUGUUUGUUUGUUUAUGUCUGACUGUUAUUUUCAUGUGUUUAGGUGUUUUGUUUUGGGGAGAAGUGAUUGGUUGAUUACAGUGUAAGGAAGAGACGCAAAGUGGUACUGUUAUUGUUUAAGUCCCAAACGGCACCAUAGACCCUAAAUAGUGCACUACUUUUGUCAAAAAUAGGGUGCCAUUUGGGACAGUCUUUCAGUCUGAUCAAACGUAUCUCCUUAUCUCUUCUCCUCUCUCCCUCUCUCUCUCUGUCUAGCUGACUGACGCAUGACACCUUUUUAUGGAAUGUCUCAAAUCAUAAUAAUAAUAAUACAAAUGGUGAUGAUGAUGAUAAUGAUGGUACAUGAAGGAUGCCUGUGUAUGAUACAGUAUAGAAGAACAUAUCUAAAUCCUAUUUUUCCAGUACAAUCGGUAUGGUACAAUGUUGGACUGGUACUAGUCCCAAACUUCUGAAGAGAGUAUGUACAUUACAUGUGAAAAAACUGCAUAAAAACCCAACUAAAACA